AUGAUGUUGGAGAAACAGCCUUUGGACAAUACUGUUCCAUGCUCACCACCAAGCUCCGAGCGGUCACUGGAGCAGCAGAUGGAGCUCUCACCGCUAGAGCUGUCCUUCUCGCGCCAGCUCGAGGUGUAUCUGACGGUUGCGUUGCCGGUCAAACUGACGCCGGAGGAAUGUCUGGCGGCGACACGCCAAAUGAUUACGGAAUAUCCGAUCCUGGGUACAAGGUUGAAUAUGAAGGCGGGUUUUGCGCAGCCACACGAACGAGGUUUACUUUUCAAGCUCGGGACAACCUUUCGUGCCAGGACAGUCAAUCUGCGCCUGGACGAGUUUGUACCAUCGAACACCGCUGAAUUGUGCUCGACCGAAGCCGAGCCCGAGCCUGUCUUUUACGACCCCCAGAUACUGGAGAAACUGGUUCGGUUCAAGGGAGGGAAGCACGAUGGCCGACAGGUACUGUCCAUCCGAACAAUCCAUCUGCGCGAUGCAUGUGUCAUCCAAUUCAUCGUUCAACACGCACUAUCCGAUGCCGGGGGGAUCCACUGGAUUGCCAAGACGUACUGCGCUCUGCUAUCAGGCACGCAUGUUCGAGGAGACACUGCAAUUCGACCCGAAUUCUUCCUCAAAACCGAGGUGAUCGAGGCUGGGCAAACCGCGGCCGCCCACGCCGACACGCCGAACCACCCGAUUGCCGUUCGCUAUUCGCAAGGGUUUCAGGUGAGCUGGGCAAGGUUCCUGGUGGCGUAUCUCCGCCAACGCCUUUGGGCGUUCUGUCCCACUUCCGCCCGUCGGGUGCGCCGAAUGCUCUUCGUGCCACAGUCGCGAAUCGAUGAGUGGAUGGCUCAGGCGCAGAGCAGGGGAGUUCAAGUCACGGAACAUGACCUCUUGAUGGCGUUCAUCUAUCAGUCGGCCUUCUCGCCAACCGCCAAGGAAGAGGAAGCCCACACCGGCCUCAUCUUUACCCUCAACAUCCAAUCGCAUCUCGCUUCGGCCGCAGGCGCCCUGACCAACCCUUGGAUCAACGUCCCAGUUGCACCUGUUGCCCCCGCCUCAUCGGCAUCGGACGAUCUCGUCGACAUCGCUCACCAUAUACGCCAGACCAUCCAAGACGCCCGCGAUCCCGUCUGCGUGGCCCAGAUCAUCGACCAACAUCUGCCAGUCCGGGACACCCCGGCAGUUCCGCGAGGAUACGGCUCCCGCACGCCCCGGGUAGCGCUGACUUCGUGGUGUCAUCUGCCUUGGUAUGGAUUGGACGUCAAAGGCACGAGGCCCGUUUUUGUUCUCGGGAAUACGCGAUUGAGUCGACCAUUGACGAAAAUUGGAGUGCGGAUGGACGACGGGUUGACGACGUGUAAGGCGAGGGCGUCUGCGCGAAUGGGGAAUGCGGAUGGCGAUGGAGAUGAGGGCAGACAGGCGGGCUAUUGGGUGCAGGGACGUGUGAAUCAAGGAAUCUGGUCGAGAAUGAUGGGGAUGCUGAAGCGCAGUGAAGAAGAGGAUGGGGUGAAUGCGGAUAAGGUUGUGAUGGACAAGGUAUGA